UUUAUUUAAAGAAUGGCCGCGGGUGUUUUUUUGUAUUGUAUUGUAAACAAAAAUAGCCCAUGAAAUAACUUUCUCAACGUUUGAUGAUUCUAUUUUGCAUUGCGUUUUAAUUUACGCAAAUAAAUCAUGUAAAGUAUAUUUGAAGUUUUACGAAUGACCUUGUGGUACUCUCGGCGUUUUACUGUGUUGGUUUUGUAGGGUUUAAGGGUAUUUCUAAAAACUAAAAAGGACAUAAUUAUAAAUUUGUUGGUUUUAGAUCUCGCAGAUAGAUUGAAUUGAAUUGAAUUGAAUUGAAUUCUCCUGAACUGUAUAAUAUCCUUUGCUAACACACUCCCAUCUAAAUUAUUCUAUUUUACGAAAGUUAUUAUGACUAGUGAGUUUUUCCCCUUCCCUGUUCUCUCUAAAAAUUUUAUACAUGAAAUUUUCCUCCUGUUCUUAGUUUUCCCUUGCUCUACCUUGUAACCAAGCUUUUCCUAUACUCCCACCCCAUGCAUCUUGUUUAAUUAUCACGCUCCAGAUGCGAUUUUAAAUCCUGACUUUUUCCACAUCGUUUUUAAUAGCAAAGCUGUGCAACUACUUUCAGGAGCGCCAGCGCAGAAUGCUUUCUCUACCUGCAGCGUUUUAUUUAAAUAGUACCAGCUGGCAGAUGAAUGUGCCCUGUCAUCCUUUGCCCGUGUUCCUGGAAGUACAAUGGUGCAGACUGGCAUUUAAAGAUAAAAUAUUCAAAAUAUAUAUAUAUAUUUUGCAGAAUUAGAUAACCAAGACUACAGCAGGGUAAAACCUUGCCUUUCAUUUCCCAAAUGCUAUGUUUGAGUUUCUUUAAUACUUUAUGAUUCUUACAUUGGCUUUGCAAUAUUGUAAAAAUAUUAUUACUCGAAAACACUUACUUACUUACAUUAAUGGUUGUUAAGAAUUUAUUUUUACAUAUAUUUUUUUCCACAGAAACAUUGAUUUUCUAGGAAAUUCAUUAUCAUAAAGUGUUAACAUCUAUAAAUAUGCACAGAAAUUAUUUUUUUUCUCAGGAGGUUAGAUUUUCACACAUUGAGGUGAUCAUACUGAAAGUAUAAGGUUGGUUAGAUCAAUGAAAUUUAAAAUACUGUGAAAUUGUGAAACACUAUUAUUGCUCAUGAAAUGACAAUUUUUUUUCCAAGUACUAGAUUCAUCCCCAUGCUGUGAAAUUUUUAAUCCUGUUGAAGUUUAAAACUACUAUUUUGCAGGAUAAACAAAGAUAAUUAUUAGUACUCAAAAAUACAUGUUCAGAAUUUUGUUUCUACAGAAAAGCUGCAGCUCUGAAGUAUUACAGCAGCAUUUUUUCCAGUCUUUUGUCACUCCACCUGUCGGUGUGUAACAUUGCAGGAAAGUGCCUUACCCAAUUUUUCUUUAAGUUUUUAUGAAUAAUAUGUUUUAACAGUAAUACAGUAUGUACGUUGUUUAAAUAAUUAUCAGGCAUCAUAACUUAAAAUACAUGGUCUGUCAAAUUCUUUAAUUAAAUCCUGUGGUAAAUAUAUAUUACAACCUCUCAAAAUCAUAAUAAAUCAAUCUUUUGAACAAGGAUGCUUUCCUGAUAGGCUAAAAGUUGCUAAAGUAUUACCAAUAUUUAAAAAGGGAGAUAAAUAUAAAUUACAAAACUAUAGACCUAUUAGCAUACCUACUACCAGUUUUUUUUUUUUUUCAAAAAUUUUUGAACGGACACCUACUAACUCAAUUCCUAGAAAAUAACAGAAUAAUUUGCAAAGAACAAAAUGGAUUUCAAAAAAACAAAUCUACAGUGACUGCAGUUUUUCAACUGACAAAGUCAAUAAUAGAAGCACUCGAUCAAGGUGAACAAGCCUAUGGCAUCUUUUGUGACCUUUCAAAAGCCUUUGAUCUUGUUGACCAUAUUAUACUUUUGCAAAAACUUAGUAAUAUAGGUAUUAAAGACAUGGCCCUAAAACUUUUCAAGUCCUAUCUUAGUAACAGAAGGCAAAUCGUAGAAAUAAACAAUAAUGGUACAAAAACUCUAUCAAACUUGGAACUUAUAAAGACUGGGAUCCCUCAAGGAAGUAUAUUAGGACCACUUCUAUUCCUUACCUACAUAAAUGAUCUGCCAGAUAAUAUUAAAUUAGGGAACUUAACUUUGUUUGCAGAUGACACUAGUAUCAUAUUAAGAGAAAGUAAUACAACUACACUUAGGCAAAUUUCAGAAACUGCAUUAUCAACAUUAGAAAAAUGGUUUCGUAUUAAUAGAUUAAUACUUAAUGUAGAUAAAACCCAAUUUAUACAAUUUAACAAACUAAACAAAUCCAAAGAACAAAUCAUUCAAAAAUAUAACUCUAAGCCAAUCAAAGAAGCAAUUGCAGUAAAGUUCCUAGGAUUAAAUUAGGAUCGAAGACUAUCUUGGUCUGAACACACAAAACAAACUUGAAGGCAAACUAUCUUCUAUCUGCUAUUUACUGAGAGCCUUGCGAUUGAUUUUGGAUCCUAAAACAUUAAAAAUGACAUAUUUUGCAUAUUUUCAUUCUGUGAUGAUAUAUGGUAUCAAAUUCUGGGGAAAUUCUACAAACAGUUAUAACAUUUUCCAAUUACAAAAAAAGCAAUACGUACGUAUCCUCUCUGGGAUUAAUUGUAGAACUUCCUGUAGACCCUACUUUAAAACUCAUCAAACUGAAACAUUUUAUACAGAAUACGCCAUUCAAACACUCAAAUUGAUUAAACGAAAUCUGAAUAACUAUAACAAAAAUGAAGACACACACACAGUAGCGGAUCCAGAGGGGGGGCUAAGGGGCUCAAGCCCCCUCCAAAAGCAUCUGGGUCCACUAUUGUUUUAGUAUUUGCCUUGAUAAAGUCUAGCCCUAGCAGGGUCAAGCCCCCCCCCCCCCCCCAAACCAAAAUUCUGGAUCCGCCACUGCACACACACAAUACAAGAAAUGCACACAAAUUGAGGAUAAUUCAACAUAACAGCUCACUCUUUAGAAAAAGUCUAUUCCACUCUGGUCAUGUAUAACAAUUUACCUAAACAACUUACUUCUGAAAUAGAUAUACAUAAAUUUAACAAUAAAAUACAUUUUUGAAAACCAGUAUCUAUAUAGUGUACAAGAAAUUGAAGAAUAUAUCUUCAGCCUUUGUAAGUAGGCUUGGACCAUGUUUCCUGAUGGCUGCUAACAGAAGUGAAGUAUUAGCCAGUAUAAGCAGUGCAAGAAUUAUAAACUCUUAGUAAUUUUUAUUUCAAACUUGUCUGAAAACAGUCAUGUCGGAUAUCGUUCUCAGUAAAUUACUGUCGGGAAUCCUGCGGCACCGAGCGGAGAAGGAAGGUCUGGAAAUCAGCGAGGAAGGUUUCGUGGACGUUUCGACGCUUCUGCAGCACAGAUCGUUUUGUGGUAGGUUCGUUGUGGAUGAUAUCAAACGGGUUGUGGCAGAAAAUGACAAGCAGAGAUUUACCCUCGUAGAAGAUGCCUCCACAGGAAAACUACGAAUAAGAGCCAACCAGGGACACUCCAUUAAGGCGGUGUGCAGCCUGGAGCUGGUGCCGAUCCUCCGCGGGUCGGAGGCACCGGUGGCCAUCCACGGCACCUUCUCCAGGAGCUGGGACGCGAUCCGUCGCGAGGGGCUGCACCGCAGGGACCGGCUGCACGUCCACCUGAGCCCGGGCGAGCCGGGGCAGGCGGGUGUCGUCAGCGGGAUGAGGCGCUCCUGCGAGCUGUACGUCUAUGUCGACGUGGGCAGGGCUCUGGCAGAUGGUUUGAAGUUCUAUCGGUCCGUCAACAACGUCAUCCUGAGCCCCGGCGACGACCAGGGCUACAUCAGGCCAAAGUACUUCAGCAAAGUUGUGCAAGUGUCGCCAAGGAAAAUAAUAAUGAGUCAAGAUGAUAAAGAUACGUAAAUUAAUGUGACGAAAGACGGCUUCAAAAUUGAACGUCAGUAUGGUUUUUGUGCAUGUAGUGUACUUUGAUGAUUUUAAGAUAAUGCAGGAAGUUGAAGACACCUUAAUGAAAUCUCUUUCGAAUCUCAGUUAUUUAAUGAAAAAAUAAGAAUAUAUAUAUAUCUUUUUUUUUUUACUUAUUUGUGUUUGUACAGCAAUGAAGUUGAACUUUUUUUGUUGGUUCUUAAAUAUUACUAUCUAAAGUGAAGAACUAAAUAAGUUUUUCAAAUGAAAAUAAUACUUUGUAUACUAUAUGCUUUAAACUGUAGAUAAAGUAUUUUAGAAUUUUCAA